AGAGAUAAAGAGAGAUGGGUAGUUACUUGUAGCUGGCAUGAAGAGGAGUGAAGACCAAAACAAGCUCAAGAAACACCAUAUAUUAGGCUAAAUUGAGAGUUUGUUUAUUCGCUACUUAUACAGCUAAUCUCAUUUCACUCUCACCACUAUUACCUUAUCACCAGCUCUUUAGUUUUCACCCAAAAAUCCCAAAUAUUUUGUCAUGACUGUGUCUUCUACCUCACAACAGCUUCGUGUUGGUAUUCUCUCAAGUCCAGGCUUGGGCCAUAUUAUCCCAGCACUAGCCCUCAGCAACCGCCUUGCCACUCACCAUAACGUCUCAGUCACCGUUUUCGCUAUCACCUUCGGCAGCUCUGCGGCGGAAACAGAGAUCCUUACAUCCGCCAGAAAUUCAAAGUCGAUUAAUAUAAUUGAAAUACCAGCUGUAGAUAUCUCGAACCUCGUCGAUGCCAACACAAAAAUGAUUGCCCUACUUUGCAUACUUGUACGCGAAACGUUACCUGUUGUUAAGUCUGUAAUAUCUACGGAGAAGCAUAUUCUGGACGCUCUCAUCGUUGAUGUUUUUUGCCCUGAAGCCUUGCCAAUCGCCAAAGAAUUUGGGUUACCCAACUAUUUAUUUAUUCCUACGAAUGCAUGGUUUACAGCUUUGACUAUAUAUUGUCCUGUUCUUGACAAAGAAAUUGAGGGUGAAUAUGUUGAUCAAGACGAACCGUUGCAAAUCCCGGGUUGCAAACCGAUUCAUCCGGAAGACGUUGUUGAUCCUAUGCUGGACCGGAACGAUGAGCAGUAUCGCGAGUACUUGAAGGUACAUGGGGCCGGGUUCGGUUUGUCUGAUGGAAUCUUGAUGAACACUUGGGAAGAUGCUGAGACCGGCUCACUCAAAGCGCUUCGAGAAAAUGAAAUAUUGAAAGCGCUCCUGAAUAAUUCACCCAUUUAUCCAAUUGGACCGUUGAUUACAAGAUCACAGGACCAAGAAAUCAUAAAUGAGAGUGGUGGUGAUAGGAACUUUGUCCUCAAUUGGCUGGAUGAACAAACUCCCCAAUCAGUGUUAUACAUAUCUUUCGGGAGUGGUGGGGCCCUCUCAUUAGAACAGUUAACUGAGCUAGCUUUUGGGUUGGAGUUAAGUGAGCAGAAGUUCGUUUGGAUAGUGAGACCACCGUCAGAGGUUGUUGUAGACUACCUCGCCGUAGACAAGGAACAUGGUGAUGGCACUCCUGAGUACUUGCCAGAAGGUUUUCUAACUCGAACGAAAGAUUUUGGAUUGGUUAUUCAGAUGUGGAGUGAUCAAGCAAGAAUUUUGAGCCACCCGUCAGUUGGGGGCUUUUUGUCACACUGCGGAUGGAAUUCUUGUAUUGAGAGUAUAACAAAUGGUGUGCCAAUAAUUGCAUGGCCGUUGUACGCUGAACAAAGACAAAAUGCCACCAUGAUGACGGAGGAACUUGGUGUGGCUGUCAAGCCAAAGGUGUUGCCAACAAAGAAAGUAGUGGAAAGGGAGGAAAUAGAGAAAUUGGUGAGAUUGGUAAUGCAAUAUGAAGAAGGAAAGGACUUGAAGGAAAAUGUGAAGAAACUUAAGAUGAGUGCAGCAAAAGCUAAGAGCGUUGGAGGCUCAUCUCACAAUUCAAUGUGUGAAGUCCUCAGAGACAUUGAGAAGAAAAUCCAUGGUUACAAGAAAAGUAUGUCUGAGGAAACUGUCUAAAUUAAAAAGGGAAAGCAAGCAUGGUCAAGUUGCUUUACUAAUUUAAUAUAUAAGUGUUUUUCUCUCUAUAGAGAUUCACUUUCUUUUGAAUAAACAUGCAAGCAGUGGUGGAUCCACAUUGACAGAUUAGGAUGGCAUGCACCCGCAAGGUUGGCAAACUGUUGACGGAGGCGGAUCUUGUUAGGGAUAUAGUAGAUAUGCCCUAGAUCCAGUCUCAUAUUUGAUGAUUUGAAUAUAUUUUUGUGAACGUUAUUUGAUAUAAAAUAUAUAUGGCAUUUGAUAUUCUUUUA